CUUUGUACUUCAUCAUGCUCAUCCGCAUCCGCUCGCGAGAUGGCAACUUUCGAUUCGAGUUCAGUCCCAAGGCAGACGUGGCUGAAUUGCUCGAGAAGAUAGUCGAGACCUCUCCCACUGCCAAACGCGACACGAUUACAAUAUCCAAUCAGCCUCGCGGAAAUGAGGCGCCCAUCUCCAAACUCUUGGGGAAAUCACUCGAGAAGCUCGGCCUGAAACACGGGGACCUCGUGUUUGUGAACUACCAGCCACAAGAAGAAGCGCCGCAGCAGCCCAUUCCGUCCACUUCGGCGCCAGCAGCGUCGCUUAGCGCGUCUACAGCACCCCGUCCUUGGGAAAACGUUCGAGAGGACCUCGUGGAUACGUACUGGCGGUCACAGGAUGGCAAAAUCCCCCGCCAACGCGACCCGCAGUUCUGCAAGCAUGGCCCCAAGGGGAUGUGUGAUUACUGCAUGCCCCUCGAGCCCUUCGACGCAAAGUACCACGCCGAUCAGAACAUCAAGCACCUCUCCUACCAUGCCUACCUCCGCAAGCUCACGCCCAAGACCUCCAUCUCGAGCGCGUCGCACCUCCCCCCACUCGAGCCUCUAUCUUACAAGGUCAAGAUCCCAUGUCCGACGGGCAACCACCCCAACUGGCCAGAAGGCAUCUGCACAGGCUGCCAGCCCUCCGCCAUCACCCUCCAAUCCCCCGCCUUCCGCAUGGUCGACCACCUCGAGAUUGCCAACAUGGAGAUUGUCGACCGCUUCCUCCAAGCGUGGCGCAAGACCGGCCUCCAGCGCUUCGGGUGGAUGAUCGGCCACUACGAGCCGUACGACAAGGUGCCCAUGGGCAUCAAGGCCGUGGUCGAGGCCAUCUGCGAGCCCCCGCAGGAGGGCGAGCUGGACGGGCUUACCCUGGGCCUCCCUUGGGAGGACGAGCCACGUAUCCGCCAGCUGUCCGCCAACGCGUCGACGCCGCUGACGAUCGUGGGCUAUGUGUUCACGGAUCUGGUACCUGACGAGGAAGAUAGGACGAAGACGCAGUAUCGGCGGCACCCGGGCUCGUUCUUUCUGUCCUCGCUGGAGGCGAUUUUCGCGGCACGGAUGCAGCUGGCGAAUCCGACGCCGUCGAAGUCGUCGCCGACGGGGUUCUUUGGCUCGCGGCUGGUGACUGCGGUGUUGACGGGUACAGAGGACGGCGCUAUCGACGUGUCUGCGUACCAGGUGUCUGAGCAAGCGGUGGCGAUGGUGGAGGCGGACAUGAUUGAGGCGAGCGUGGACCCCGGUAUCGUACGCGUCAAGGAGGAGGAUCGCUCCGUCGACCACGCGCGCUACAUCCCCGACGUCUUCUUCUCCUACAAGAACGAGUACAAUAUCGAGGUGAAGAAGAGCGCCAAGCCUUGCUUCCCCGUCGAGUACCUCCUGGUCAAUGUGACGCACGGCUUCCCCCAGAACCCGGAGCCGAUGUUCCAGUCUAUCCAGUUCCCCAUCGAGAACCGUCCAGGAUUAGAAGAUCAGACGGUGGAAGGCUUGCUCGGCGCGCUCUCCCGCCUCGACGCGCCGAACGUGCUGCCUAGCGUGCAAGCACCCAUCGGCGAGUCACCCAAGCGGCAGGAGCUCGCAAAGUUCCUGAGCGAUUGGCACCUCGUCGCCUUCCUCGAGACGACGCAGUUAAUGUCGGUGGACGACAUCAAGCUCAUGAUGCGCAGCGUCUCGAGUCCCGUACUGCUCAAGGAGCCUGCGCUUCUAGACCCCGUCCUACAGUGCGAGGGCUGGCAUACGCUCAUGACCUUUACUCGGGAACACGCACCACCCUCCCGACCACAGACAAACCCGCCUUCUGGCUCGGGCUCGAACGCCAUGGACGAGGACAUCCCUCCGGAAGUGUACGAUCAGAUCGCCGCGUCCGAGGCCCAGUCUGGCGGUGGAAUCCGGAUAUGCCCCCACUGCACGUUUGAGAAUUCGCAUGGAGGCUCGGACUGCGAGGUUUGUGGGCUGCCACUGUAG